AUGCCAUCAGAAUUGGAUCCUCUCCUCCCCUCCAAUCCUCCAGCCCCAGAAAUUCGUGGCUAUGGUUAUUCAACUGGGAAGGAGAUAGUCGCCGACUCAACCUCCUCGGAACCAUGGGGCUUUGUCCAGCAUGAGCAGGACUUAGAUGAAGAGGAGGAUCAGGACAAUGAAGACGACAGUCAAUCAUUCUCAUCUGCCAAAUCCGCACUCAGCACGCUCGGCUCAAUCUUCGCCAUUGUGGUACUCUUCGCCUUUAUUGUCCUGGUCUUAAGCCCCGAGGCCGAGGAUGAUAAGCCCAUCCCUUUACCGAGAAAUCCGUCAACUAUAGAUGAGCGAGUUUCGGCUAUCCUUGAUGGUACGCCUCUGAUCGAUGGACAUAAUGACCUAGCCAUCUUCGUUAGGGCGGUCUACAAGAACAAACUGCAUGGAGACUUCCAGCAUAAAUUCGCCAAAGGCGGCUUAGAGGCGGACGUUGAUCUCCCCCGCCUGAAGAAGGGUAAGGUCGGCGGUGCAUUCUGGAGUGCAUUUGUUGUCUGUCCAGAGGAUGCCAGCGAUGACUUCUCCGAUGAAACAUAUGCGACAGAGGUGUUUCACACACUCUCGCAGAUCGAUCUGAUACGCCGUAUUCAAAACCAAUAUCCCUCGCACUUUACGUUUGCUACAACCCCUCUAUCAUCCGCACUGACCAAUUUCCAUGCUACAAAAGCGUUGAUUUCACCCAUAAGCAUCGAAGGUCUUCACCAGAUUCCUCAAUCCGCACCUCUAUCCACUCUCCGUUUGUACCACGCCCUUGGAGUCCGUGCUGCGACUUUGACCUGGAAUUGUCAUAAUGCCUUUGCGGAUGCUGCAUUGGUCAGUUCCCGUGGGAAAACCACAGUUGCAGGGUACCAUAGAGGCGGCCUAACGCCCGCUGGUCGGGAUGUCAUUCGCGAGAUGAACAGGCUAGGCCUCCUUAUCGAUAUCUCGCACACGUCUUACUGGACGCAGAAAUCCGUGCUGAGCAACGGAACAUCUUCAGCGCCCGUGAUCUUCUCACACUCCUCAGCCUUCGCAAUAUGUCCGCACCCAAGGAACGUCGAGGAUGACAUUCUCGAGCUCGUGAAACAGACUAAAAGCUUGGUCAUGAUCAAUUUCAGCCCUGGGUUCAUCUCUUGUCUCCCACCACCGAAUUCGAGCGUGCUACCUGAGUUUUACGACAAGAACAACACUGUCCAUCAAGUUGCACGGCAUAUCAUUUAUGUGGGCGAGAAGAUCGGCUACGACUAUGUUGGACUUGGGAGUGACUUUGACGGCAUGGGUGAUCUCACUCCACGAGGGCUCGAGGGGGUGGAUAAGUAUCCGAACCUGGUGGCUGAGCUCUUGAAGAAUGGUGUUUCUGACCAAGAUGCUGCAAAGAUUGUCGGUAGGAAUUUGUUGCGGGUCUGGCAAGCAGUUGAUUCUGUGGCAAGGGAAUUGCAAGAGAAAACACUUGAGGGCGAGGAUGAAGUCAGUGGAUGGUAA